AUGGGUAAACUCAUUUGGAAUCAAUGGGCAAGAUUGAUCGCUCUUACUGCUGGUACCUUUGAGGUAAUAGGAGGGAUUUUCGGUAUCUUUUAUCGUUAUUCUAUGUUCAAAGAUGUCCUAAAGGAUAUUGACUUUUUGUUUAAUCCUUUCAACGUUGUGGCAAUUAUCUGCAUUGUUUUCGGGUUAAUAGUACUGGCUAUCGAAUUACCUUUACAAUUCCUUAAAAAUACAAUCAUAACAACAUCUUUCAUUCCAAGAAUAAUUUUAUAUUUCAUCAUAUCAGCAAUUUCGGUAUUUAACUAUCAAAAUGUAAAUCCCGCACUGUAUUUAUUCAUUGCCACGUUAAUGUAUGUUAGAGCCGCGAUGAACGGUGAGAACAACAAGGUCAAUAGUAAUUUAAGAUCGAGAGUGUAG